UCAGAACUCAAAACAAGACAGAACUUGAUUCAAGUUGAUGAUCCACAAUUUCGUUCAUUUGGGUGCAUGUAAAAACCGAACCUCUUGAAAAUUUAAAAAUUAGCCCAAAAUUUCAUUUUUCAUAAGGAAACUAGGAGUUAAAUUUAUCAUAUUGUAACCGAAAUUAAUGCCAUAAUAAUGCAACAACAAUCAACUGCUGUGUUGCUGAAACCAGAGAAAAUUGGAGAUUCCAUCAAAUUCGCCGAUCUGGUCAAGGUGUUAGAGGCUGUCAACAAUGACAGCCAGGCGUCAAACAGAAGCAAGAGAGUGGUCAAAUUCAUUUCAAAGUGCAGAGAUUACUUCAAACUCCUACACGGCACACUGGAUUCAGCUGCGGCCAAUGGCGACAGCCUUUUCCCCCUGAUUCGCAUAUUAUUACUCAAACUAGACCGAGAACGACCAGCGUAUGGAUUACAGGCAAAAAGUUUGGGGAAAAUUCUGGCAUCCGUCCUUGGACUGAAUGAUCGUGACAAGGCUCGACUGACGAAUUUUCGAAGUCCUGACGCCAAUGAUGAAACCGGUGGUGGUAGUGGGGACACAGAUUUCGCCUCUGUGCUAUAUUCAAUCAUGCAAGCCAGAUUUUCAGACCAGGCCCCCUCCGUCAUCAGCCUUACCGGACUACACGACAUCCUUGACAAGUUGUCCAGAGAUGCACAAACGAACCAAGAAGCACAAAAGAAAGUUCUACUCGAGUUAUUCACGGGACGAAAGCUUUCACCGUUGGAGGGGAAAUGGUUGUGCCGGAUAUUACUGAAGAACUUGGAGUACGGGGUCAAUCGGAAUAUCAUUUUCAAAGCGAUUCAUCCCAAAGCAUAUUCAAUGUAUGAGAGGAUCUCGAAUUUGAAGGAGGUCUGCGAAACAUUGAACGAUCCUGAUACUGUCAAGGACAUUGAUAAAAUAGUAUUGUCCUACUACGUCAAGCCAAUGUUAUGUUUGAGAACCAAUACUUUAGAUGAUUUUGAGAGUUUUAACUAUGAUGAGCCAGGAACUGCAAGUUCAUCAUCGAGGGCACCAACCACAAACCUAACAAGUAAAAAGAAGGCCAACCCACAAAUGGCGCCUCCAUACGUUAUAGAAACUAAAUGGGACGGCGAACGAUUCCAAAUCCAUUACGACGGCCGCGCCCUAAAAUACAUUUCAAAACAGGGACACGACUACAGUUUAAAAUUCAACGUGACUCUCACACCUCGACUCGCCCCUCAAAUUAAGCUUGGGGCCCGAUCUUUUAUUUUGGAUGGAGAAAUGAUGGCUUGGGAUAAACGGAACAAGGGUUUCACCCAAAAAGGUGCGGACAUUGACGUAAAGAAUUUCCGUCCCGACAAUCUGAAUCAUUGCCCGACCUAUGUGGCCUUUGACGUACUGAUGUUCAAUGACGUGACCUUGAUUAACAAACCGUUGCACGAGAGGUACGCAACCCUGGAGAAGAUACUAAACCCCAAAGAAUCCGUAGUGUACGUUCCUAAACAAAAUAUUGUGAAUACGAGGGAACAAGUUGAGGAUGCGCUGAAUAAGGCUAUCGAUGAGUCGGAGGAAGGUCUAGUUGUCAAAGCUAUCGAUUCCGUUUACGAGCCUGGAAAAAGGGGACCCUCUUGGCGCAAGAUAAAACCUGAGUUCAUAUAUGGGACGAGUGUCGAUGACUUGGAUUUACUAAUUUUGGGUGCCUACUAUUCCGAAUCAACAAGAAGAAAGGGAAUUAUUGGCAAUUUUUUGGUCGGUGUCAUAAAAAAAUCGGGAAAUACUGAGGAAUUCUUUGCUCUUACCCAAGUUGGAUCAGGCCAGCUCCGGAUUGCCUCUAUGAAAGCACUCGUCGACGAAUUGCUACCCCAUCUCGGCAAGAAACCAUUUCCUGGCAUAAAUUACAAAGCAAAACAACGCCCUGAUCUGUACAUUGAUCCAAAAAAGUCUAUAGUCGUCCAAGUUAAAGCAAGUGAAAUCAUUUACAGCAAAGUUUCCGCUCUCGACUAUAACCUGAGAUUUCCUCGAAUCACGGUUGUCCGCAGAGACAAAAACUACAAUCAAAUCAUGACAGUAGAAGAGUUCCACACUCUGCGAGAAUCGUGCGGAGGGCGAUUGGCAAAACGAACGGAUAACAGCAAAUUCUUCGGCGCAAAAAAGAGAGGUCCUGUAGAUGCGAAUCCAGACUCUUCAGAUGAAGAUACACCAAUGCCAAAAGUAUCAAAACGGACUUUACCUGUAGCUCUAAUGAAGAAGAAUAACAACUAUCCCACUACAUCUGAUGAUGAGGACGACGACGAAAAGCCGUCUACUUCUUUUGCAUUAAGGUCGAAAUCCAGCAAGCCUGCAGUACUUGCUCCAGUGCCAUUGCCAAAAAUUCUUCCACAGAAACCCAUUAUCAAGAAGGACAUUUUCAAGGCAAAGAUAUUCUGUGUGCUUGGAAAACCCGAUUGGAAGAGUAAAAUAGAAGAGAAAAUUACAUCUUAUGGAGGGCAAAUAGUUCAAAAUCUUAUCAAAGAAAGGCUUUUCUAUGUCGGGGAAUCACUGAAGAAUCCUAAAGUUGAUAAGGCUGUUCGAUGGGGAAAACACGAUGUUCUGAAAUCAGACUGGAUUGAACGAUGCAUUGCGUCCGAAACUGAAGUUCCUUUUACGCCCGCAGACUUUUUCGUUUACACGGAAGAAAUUGCAGCCAUAUUCAAAACGGAGUAUGACGAGUAUGGCGAUUCUUACAAGAAAAAAUGUUCUCUCCAAGAAGUGAAAGACCUCGCCAAAAAAGUCAUUGAGUUGACCGAGGCAAAUCGUAAGAAAAGAAAAAGUAACGACAAUCAUGAUUCUGAUGAGGAAGAUGAACCUGACGACGAUGACAUGGAUAUUGAUUACAUAAGGAAUGAAAUAGAACCUGAACUGUUCCCUGGCCCGAAAAUUAAUACGCUGAAGCAAUAUCGAUUCUUUAAAGAUGUCCGGGUCGCUUUUCGUGGUGAAACCGACCCUGUUUUGGCAGGAAUGAUAACUUUCUACGGGGGAACGGUGGCUUCCAGUGAGGUGGAGAAGGACGAUUCAAUCACGCAUGUCGUCGUAAAGGAUCCACUCUCUCCAAGUAAGAAGAAACAACUUUCCGCUUUCUUAAUCAAACCACGUUGGAUUACAGAAUCUGUUGAGAAACGAAAGUGUUUGGAUGAAUUGGGAUAUUCUGCGGGUUGUCUGGUUUAGAAGAAUACACAGGGUCAACUUUAAUUUUGGUGCUUAUUCAUACAUAUCGUAGUCUUUAACAGUAUUAUUAUGACAUGACCCGUAAACAGAAAAUUAGCAUGCAAUAAUAAAUGGCGAUUAUGCGGUCUGCAAGAAAAAAUAA